CUGUCGGAUCUCCCACUGUCGGUGUGGCAAGUUUUCCUUCGGAGCCAUGUGGUGGAGCCAGUUCCUACGGGCCCCGUUUGUUCUGGGGCAACGCAGCCCUUCGCGGGCGCAGUCUGCUUUGGCCCAGCUCAAGCACCUGCUGGAGGGGGAGCUGGAGGGUAUCCGAGGGGCCGGGACCUGGAAGAACGAGAGGGUGAUAACAUCAAAGCAAGGCCCGCAUAUUAAUGUGGAAGGCAGCCGAGGAGAUAUCCUGAAUUUCUGUGCCAACAAUUACCUUGGACUUUCUAGUCAUCCAGAAGUCAUCCGUGCUGGACAUGAUGCUCUGGAGAAGUACGGAGCUGGCCUCAGUUCUGUCCGCUUCAUCUGUGGAACACAAAAUAUACAUAAGGAUCUGGAGGAGAAGAUCGCUCGUUUCCAUCAAAGAGAAGAUGCCAUUCUCUACAUCAGCUGUUUUGAUGCCAAUGCUGGGAUCUUUGAGGCACUUUUGACACCCGAAGAUGCAGUACUGUCAGAUGAACUGAACCAUGCCUCCAUAAUUGAUGGAAUCCGUCUUUGUAAAGCCAAUAAGUAUCGUUACAAACAUAUGGAUAUGCAAGAUCUGGAAGUCAAACUGCAGGAGGCACAGAAAUGUCGUCUGCGGAUGGUGGCUACAGAUGGUGCUUUUUCCAUGGAUGGUGAUAUUGCCCCAUUAAAGGAAAUUUGUGGCCUCGCUCAGAAAUACAAUGCCUUUGUUUUUGUUGAUGAAUGUCAUGCCACUGGAUUUCUUGGGCCUAAUGGCAGGGGCACCGAUGAGCUUUUGGGAGUGAUGGAUCAAGUAACUAUAAUCAACUCAACACUUGGAAAAGCCCUUGGGGGAGCAGCAGGUGGCUAUACAACUGGUCCUAAAGCACUCGUGGAUCUUCUGCGCCAACGUUCCCGCCCCUACCUCUUUUCCAACAGCUUGCCUCCUGCUGUUGUGGGCUGUGCCUCCAAAGCUCUGGACCUACUCAUGGAGAGCAAUGCCAUUGCGCAGUCCAUGGCUGUCAAGACUUCACAGUUCCGAAGUAAGAUGGCAGCAGCUGGAUUUACAAUUUCAGGCAAUAAUCAUCCUAUUUGCCCUGUGAUGUUGGGUGAUGCCCGGUUGGCUUCAGUGAUGGCUGAUGAUAUACUAAAAAGAGGCAUUUAUGUCAUCGGCUUCAGCUAUCCUGUAGUGCCCAAAGGUAAAGCCCGUAUCCGAGUUCAGAUCUCAGCUGUUCACAGCGAAGAAGAUAUUGAUCGAUGUGUGGAGGCCUUUAUUGAAGUGGGGCGUAAACAUGGAGCCUUGCCUUAAACGGCUGCAGGAAAUGAACAGUGCCAUUCUACAACGGGAACCAAAUGCUGCCAAAUAACUCCUUGGCUUUGCCAAUGACAAGGAUUGUGGCAACUACAGUUCCAAAUUCCCCAGUUUGCCUGCUCUUUUUAUAAGGGUUACUUUGCAAUAGUUCCAAUGAUGCAAUGUUAAUUGAAGGUUUAAGUUCUUCUAAGAACUGCAGUCCACUACUAUGCUAGAAGAUUGACAGUAACGAUUGCCUCUCUCUUGGUCAAAGGCAACCAGAGCUUACAACACAAGGGAAAAGGUUGCAGGUUGCAUAAAAUACCUCAUUCUGAUUUGUGCCUUAUGCUCAGGCCAUUGUGCAUUUUACCCCUUUUUUGCAGAAAUCAAGUUGGAGGAAGGAGAGGGAAAGAUGGCUUUUUUCCUUCUCACCUUUGCAUAAAUUUCUCUUUAUGGAAGCAGUUUCUUCAUAUUGAUCACUAGAGGGCAUAUUUGUAACUCUGGCCUCAGGGACCCCAAUGCAGCGGAACAUACAUACAUUGCAUUAUUCAUUGUUGUAUAUUCAUUUUCCUUACAAUAUACUAAAAAUAUUAACAAA